GUCAAAGAGCGAAAACGACUGUAGACCUUCAAACAUCUCAGGAGACGCGACGCUACAACUGAAUAUUAUUACAGAAGGAGACAAUGGCGAUGUUGAACAUUCUUAUCCUUCUCAGUUCUGUAGUUGCUCUGGGCAACGCAUAUGAAGUGAAGAACAAGGAUGGGGGAUGUGGUAAAUCGUGUCCCUCUGGUUGGACUGAAUACAACUCCCAGUGUUACAUCUAUGUCAGCACUCAGAGGACAUGGCCCCAAGCUGAGCAAAACUGUCUGUCCCUUGGAGGAAACCUGGUGUCUAUUCACAACGCUGGUGAGAAUGAGGCUGUGAAGAAUGUGGUGUUAAGGGCAACUAAUUCUAACCCCGCGACCUGGAUUGGUGGAUCUGAUGCUUAUCAGAACAGGGUGUGGUUCUGGAGUGAUGGAACCAGAUUCGAUUACCAUAACUGGGCAGGUGGAGAGCCCAAUAAUGCUGGAGGCAGAGAGCCAUGUAUUCAGACUAAUGCUGGAGUUGGAUUGUGGAACGACGUACGCUGUGAAUCGACCUUGCCUUCUGUGUGCAAGCUCAGAGACCUCUAA